AUGACAAUUGAAAAGACGUUAGUAGUGGGAGUUUUAGCCUUACAAGGUGCUUUUAUAGAACAUAUCAAUCAUUUCAAACAAUGUCAAGUUGAAUCAUAUGCAUUUUCUUUCGUAGAAGUUAGAACAGAAGAAGAAUUGAAUAAAUGUCACGCUCUAGUUAUUCCAGGAGGUGAAAGUACUGCUAUAUCAUUGAUUUCCCAAAGAACUGGACUUUUAAAACCUUUAAUGGAUUUUGUAAAGUCAAAUAAACCUAUUUGGGGGACUUGUGCUGGAUUGAUUUUCUUAUCGAAACAAAUCAUCAAUGGAAAACCCGGACAACAGAUUUUGGGUGGUAUGGAUAUUCAGGUAGAGAGAAAUGCUUUUGGUAGACAAUUGGAUUCAUUCCAACAAAACUUGGAUUUUUCUUCUUUCAUUCCUGAAUUGACUGAUUUCCCCACUGUUUUCAUUAGAGCUCCUGUUAUAAGUAAAAUCUUAAAUGAUGAACAACAAUCUGAUGAUGCAGAUGUCAUCUAUAGUAAAAAUGAUUAUGUUAAUGAUAGACCAGUAGAGGUCUUACACAAAUUGGAUAAUGGCUUCAUUGUUGCUGUUAGACAAGGGAAUAAGUUAGGUACUUCAUUCCAUCCAGAAUUAUCCGAAAAUCAUAAGUUCCAUCAAUGGUUUUUACAAGAUUUUGUAGUCAAUAGUAUUUAG